AUGUUCCCAUCCACUGCACCAUGCCGGCUCAAGCUGGACCUCAUGCAGUGGUCCGCUCCGUGGCGCUUGGUGGGUGGCUCAAGCCACUGGUGUUCCGCACCGCGGACUUGGAAGCCUCAUGGCCAUGCUACCUAUCCUGCAUCUAUUUGCACUUGGCAAGCAAGAGAGGUCUUCAUUUGUCGCGUGGCUUGUGCAGCCAGAGGCCGUCGCAGGAGAGGGUCCUCACAGCAAGAGUUUGCAAGGUGGCGUCAAAAGAAGAAGCUUCGAGCAGAUUUGGAAGAUGUAGCUGAUUUAGCAAAAUUUUAUAGCUAUUUCAGAUUUUUUUCGUGA